AUGGUCUUGCGUCCGUUCUCAACUAGUUCCUUGGAGGUAUUAUGCACAGAAGAGCGUCUGGACCUGCUAGACUCAGUUGAUACACUCCGUCUCCAGGGUAUCAGCCAUUACAUUUCCCUUCCACAGAUCAUUGUCUGUGCUGGAGGCGAUAUCAGGUCUUUCGUUCCCGGUCAAAAGCAACAUUUGCACACGCACCCCACAGAGCUUGUUCUGCACAAGAGCCCCCACAUUGGAGUGAGGGUAUCUAUUGCUCCCCAUCGCUCUCGUAGCCAUGUUGAGCAGGACACACUCUCGCGCUUCCACGAUGAGCUCGCGGGUUUCGAAGGGCUCCCAAAACUGAUCGACGAUGCAAAAGCUGCGAUGGGUAUAUUAACUCAUGUCAAAACCUUCCCGAAUGACCUUCUUGAGUUGAAGUCUCAGGCCCCGACCAUCCCCAUUUGA